CAAGCUAUUGAUUCUCUUCCGGAGUACCUCCUGACCGCUCAUGCUCUGCUUCCUUUUUCGGCCUCUGCGGGCGGUCCACGCUUCCGCUUGAUGCCAUGGAUGGCACCUUGGAGGCGGCGCCGAAGCACCUGAGUCCACAAUCCGUCUUCCGAGCGGCUCUGUUCAUCCAGACCGCCUUCCGGCGAUGGCAGCUUGCGGACCCGGCGAGGCUUUUGGGCAUCGAGUCCACCGUGCCCUCGCCGGCCUUGCGCGUGGCGCUGACCUGGAAGCAGCGGCUAUGCCGGCCGGAGACGGUGGAUGUGCAGGCGGAGGCCAUGGCGGCUGUGGCGGUGAUCUGCGGCCGGAACCGAGGUCUCACGCUAGGGCCCAUCGUGGCCUGCUACAACGAGUAUCAUGGGAAGCUUCCUGACGAUGAUGCCAUCUUCUCCCUACUCAUGGAGCGAUUCCAAGAGGUGGCGGAGGACAUGGAUGAAGCUGUCCUGGCGCAGCUUGAAGAUGUGCAGCGCCCAUCAGAGGCGCGCGCGAUCAUCGAGCAGGGUCGAGCUGCCUGGGGUGCACCGGAAAGAUCGCUGAUCCAGAAUCAUGUGCUCUUCUCCUCUUGUCAGGAGAAAGUGGAGCAAAUGAAAAGAGUCAUGGAAGGUGAGCUAACAGCACGCCUGGAAUUUACCACGACGAAGCGCUCCAUACAAAGAUUUUCCGAGGAAGUGGAGCAGGAGUUUCACAACUGUCACACCCCCUUGCGUGGGCGUGUCUUGAAGGCCAAACAGGCGCACAAGGCCCGAGUGGAGCUCGAGGUGCAAUCGAACUAUGGCUGGCCGCCCAAAGGGCAGCCAGCCCUGCUUGCCCGGGCAGUGCGCUGGUUUGCGCUGGAGUUAGGGAGCGAGCACCCGGCGGUGGACGACUUCCUGCGCGCGGCUCUGCGGGAGCUGCGGAGCUGCGAAGGCGCCGCUGAAGAGGCGCUGCGGCCAAUCGAGGAGGCGACCUCCGAGAAGCGACGCAGGCUGGCAUUGUGGCCCCCGGCACCCAAAUUGAUCCAGCAGGGCAUCACCGAGCAGCUGGAAGAGAUCCUGCGCACGGCCAAGCCAACCUUGCAGCACUACAGCGAGGAGCUGGCUCUGGAGUGUCCUGCGGUGCUGAAACGCUUCGGUGGGAUCCUCCAAGAGACCUUUGCGGAGCGAUGCUUCACGGAGGUGCACUCGGUGGCCCAGGAGCUGCGGAGCUGUCCGGACACCGCUGAUCAGGAAGAGCCCAAGCUCCAAGCGACCGCGCGGCUGUAUCAGCUCCUCGAAGUGCUCCAGAACGAGGGCACCGCGGGGAUGUCGCUGGCGAUUGAGCUGGGCGCGGAGUUCGAGGAACUCCUAGAAGAGGUGAAGCCUUUGAUCGCUUUGACACGGCCCGAUUUGAUUCUGAUGGAGCCGGAUUUGGAUGAUGGCUGGCAUCGGCCACCGGACUUCCGGAUCCUGGAUCAGCCAUUGGACCAGCAGGACGCCGAGCAACGCGCCGCGGCGGAGGCGGAGCUGCGGCGCAAACCGGCGACGCCCAACACGGCGAGCUCCGACAUCAACAUCUCCAUGAAACUGCACAGCGUCACACUCGAGGAUACGCAAGCCCGCUCGGAGAUUCUCCUGCUGGAGCGUUGUGCAAUGAUCAUCGCUGAGGAGUGUGGCAUUCCUCCGGCCUGGAUCACCAACCUGAGCUUCAAAUCCGAGGAGAUGGAGAAGUCCAAACAGAGUUCCACCACCGACGUGGCAGAUCUAAGUCUCGGCGUGGACAUGUGAAGUUCCUUCCACGGAUGGAUUGCACGGCGCAGUUUCCUUCGCAGCAGAGUGUUUCACUCGGUGAGAGCUCUUGUUUCACACCCCAGCGAGAAUUCAAAAGGUGUGCGAACCUGCAGGUAAGGCUUUGGGGGCGCCACUCCAUGUAUUGGUCCUUUUUCGAAG